CACGGUGGAUUUCUGAAAAAAAAAUCCAUUUUUCUGACUGUUUGCGCCCAAUCAUGAUUCGAUGACUAAUAUGAGGCCAGCUUUCACCAACAUUGAACCACUUGAUAUUAUCAUGCCGUUCAAUAAUAAGAUAUGACGAAUGUUAGUCUAGACAAAAAAAGCAGGAUCUUCGCUGACAUUGGAAAAUGGUGGACAUUUUCUCACUGCUUGGUUCAUGCUCCAAUGGUUACAUCAAAAAAAGUUCACGGUUCGCAAUGUGACUUGAUUUUUGUGAGACAAUGAUGAACCAUGAUCGCCCAUUCUUCCAAUUUUUCUCUCUGCAGGUUCUUUCUUUCGCCUUUGUGUAGGUGUGCCAAUGGGGAUUCAUCCGUCGAAAGAAGCUUUUACCAUCCAGUCGCCCAACUCCAUGAUGGCUGGAAAGAGCGAGACCGUGGAUUACGGCUCCCUUCUUCCUCAAGGCCUCUACUCCUCAGCAUGUGUUGACUAUGAUUACAAAGUGGUUCGACGCUUCAUUCGUGAAGGCCGACUGGCUCCUUUCUACAAAGGAUUGAAUGAAUUGCCUGAACCAUCCAUAUCGGAUCACAACCAAGCGCCUUCCAUGUGCGUUCCCAUUUCCACCAAAACUGUCUCCACUCCUGAUCACUGCACCACCACUACCACCACCCCAACCGCCACCACUGUCACUACCCAUUGUCCCACUGUGAAGAAACAAGCUGUCCGCUUUCCUUCUCGUCCUUCGUUGCGCCCCUCAAAAUCACCUUCCGAUCUGAAUGCUUUAUUGUACACAGACACCGUCGAAUGCCCUAUUUGUUUCUUGAUCUAUCCUGCGUUUAUCAAUUAUUCUCGUUGCUGCGACAAGCCCAUUUGCACUGAAUGCUUUUUACAGCUCAGACGAUCACCGGAGUCGCCAUUGAUACCCGCCGUUUGUCCAUUUUGCGUACAACCUAAUUUUGGCGUAGUUCAUGUUCCACCAGUUUGGAGUAUCCAUUACGAGAACUUAUCUAAACGACGCCUGGAUUUAAUACGAACAGUGUCCGCCAAUGAUACCUCGACCACGAGUACUCGACGGAAAAGGUUGGGACCCAAUGACCCAGAUGUGGUGCUUGUAGGUAAGUAUUUUGAACAACCCAUGAACUUGAAGGCAGGAAAUAGCUGUGGUUGAACGGAUUCUGAGACGUCGCUUUUUAUUUCACCCCGUUA